AUGUAUGAAGAUUCGUAUCUAACUCUUCAUGUCUCAAAAGGUUUGUGAUUUUUGAAACAAAAUUAUUCACAUAAGUGCUCUUUUUAUUUGGUUAUUGCUGCUAUCCUUUUCCAGUUAUAUUCAUGAGAAAAUGACAUUUUUUCUCGGCUCUUGAAAUAAAUCAGUAAAAAAAAAGAAAAAGUUAAAUUAAUUUAACCCAGACAACUUUUUUUCCUGGAAAUGAAUUUUCAACUUUUUACAGUGUUUUUUUUUUCAAAAAAGUAGGAUUGCGUGAGCCACGAAACAUGUUCAGUUAUUUUUUAUCCAAUUAUAAUGUCUUUAAAUGUCACCACAGAAACCGGGAAGUAUACAUUUUUCCUUAAUUUCCGGUAUUGUCAGAUGUUUUUUUCUUUUCUCUUUAUGGAGUUUGAUGUUUUAUGAGAAUGAUCUGGGUAGAAAUUUUUUCCAUUUGAAAAUUUUCGUGACAAGAUAUUCUUAAAUUUUCUGAAAAAAACCAAAAAUAAAAACGGUCAGACAGCUGGUUUUCUGACAUUUAGAGAAUCAAGCUUGUUUUUAAACUUUUAGUGUAUUCUGCAUGGGACCAAAAAGAAAAUAGAAUAUAGGCUGUACAGAAGUAAGGGACCAUAUGAAUUCAGCAUUUUGAUUGAAUUCUCUAUCUUUUUUUGGAAGUGGUCCCAUUCAUUGAUCGCCAGCACUUUUUUUUGAAUAUAUAUUUUUUCUUCCUCACACGAAUAAGAAAAUAUCAAUAAUCUCUAUUUAAUUUCAUCUAAUUCAGGCAAAGAACACAUAUUUUUUUAUUUUUUUUCCUUCCGAAAACAAUAGAGUCUCGGAAGAUUAAUUUCUUGAAUUUUUAUGUUUUCUGAAAAUUUUCUAUAGUUUUCUUUGUCUAUACGAUUUUUGAGCAACAAAAUGAAAUCUGUCACUUACAGAUUUUAUCAAACUACAUAUGUAAAUAUUAUUUUGCAAACUUGUUUACUUUUUUCCAGAAAACCAAAGUUCAAGAUGAUUUUAAUUAAUUAAACAAAUUUUGAUCUGUCUGGACUAAUCCGAAAUCCAAAAAUAUCAAAAAAAGAUUAAUGUUUCAAUUUACAGACAGUAAUCAUAAGACCUCCGCCCAACAAAAAAUCUAUCGGGGCCAUAAUUAAAUCUAGUAGGCGAACGACAUCGAUGAAAAAACGACAAACUUAUUUUUUUCAUUAAAAAACUCGAGAGUGCAAUUAUUCGCGCCCCUUUUAUUUGCUCGAAAGCUUUUAUUUUCUCGUCUGAAAUAUAUUUUCUCAAAGUGAAUUUCAAAAAAUAAUACAAAGUGGCUCAAUUCUUUUUUUUUUCAUUUUAUGUAAAUCUUAUAUAUUAUUUUGCAGAUAUGAAUACAUCUGAAGUCAAUUUGAUAAUUUAUGCAAAACAAGUCGAUUUCAUAUUUGUUAUAAUUGGUUAUAUUGUCAAUCCGCUUGGACUACUUUUCAAUGGAAUAUUGAUAUUUUUAAUAACACGAAAAACUCCAAGAAGUCUCAAAAGUUUCUCAAUUUUAUUACUCAAUUUUGCGUUGUGUGAUUUCUUGAGUUCUCUCGCUGGAAUGCUUGCUCUACAAAAGUUAGUUUCCAUGAAAAAAAUAUGCCAAAUUUUAAUUCAAUUAUAUUUUUCAGAACUGUAUUUUCCGGAUGGUCUCUGACUUAUAUUUUUCACGGCAUUUGUGGAAGAGUCUCUCCAUAUUUUUGCUAUUUUCUCCACACUUUUGUUUGUCAUUGUUUUGCACAUUCUCAAUGGAUUCUUAUGAUCUCUUUCAUUUAUCGAUAUUAUAUUCUCGAAAAGAUUUGCCCGCGGCCUUCGAAAGUUGCCAAAAUCUGCAUGUUGGCAUAUAUUCCAUCAUUUUUGUUUUUGGUUAGUUUCGAAAUAUUGGGGCAAAAGUGAAUUGGACUCGCGCGAGAUCUGAUUAACCGGAGGAAAAAUUACGAUUACAUUUUUUUCUGAACUCCCACUAUUUUCUCAACCCUAAUUAUAUUUCUCUUGUAGGGUUUCUACAUGUUUGAUGUUGGAAAUCCAUCGGAAUUGAAAAUUUUGGUCUACGACUAUCAUCCACAAUAUUAUUAUAAUGUUCUCGAUGUUUGGGGUGAUCUAGUUAUUUCUGGAAACAAGAAUGUUUGGUCGAUUUACACACUCGGAGCAAUAAUUUACAUGACAAUCCCAUGUUUUCCCAUCUAUGCAAUCAUAAUUUAUGUGAGAUACAAAACUUUGAAUAUUUUGAACUCGUCUGGAAGAAUUUUGAUGAGUGAAACAACUCGACAAUCUCAUAGACAAUUAAUGAAAGCAUUAACAAUUCAAGCAAUUGUUCCAAUGUUUUGGUUAACCGCUGCUUCGUUUUAUCUUCUUUUAUUGUUCCAAAUUGUAAAAGGAGUUAUUAUUGAGAAUAUGCUUUUUCGAAUUAUGGAAGUUAUGCCAAUGAUAACUCCACUUAUCUCAAUGUAUUUUGUUAGACCAUACAGGUAAACUUUUAUUUUAAAUUAAAAAACACAGUUGUGGUUUUUAGAUUAGAAGUUAAAUCUUGGUUUGUUCCUGUGCCUCUUCUCAAACCUGUGAUUGUUUCAUCAAUGUUAUUGCGACAGACUACAAGUAAUUAUUAG